AUGUGUUACUAUGGCGGAUACUAUGGUGGCCUGGGCUAUGGCUAUGGUGGCCUAGGCUAUGGCUAUGGUUGUGGCUAUGGCUGUGGCUGUGGAGGCUAUGGUGGCUAUGGUGGCUACGGUUAUGGCUGCUGCCGCCCACUGUGCUGUAGAAGGUACUGGACCUGUGGCUUCUACUGA